AUGGCUUUGGCAAUCCUUGUGAUUGUUGGGAUGAUAAAUUUUGGCGACAGUAUACUACCUGGCGAGUGCAAAGGUGACUUAUAUGCUUUCUCAGACCUAUGCCACGAGUCGAUUGUAAAGGCAGGGCCAAAGGUCAAGCCAUCUCAUGCAUGUUGUGAUAUUGUCAAAACGUUCGAUAUGCCAUGCAUGUGCAAGAAACUCUCUAGUCAUGACGAGACGAUCGUUGCAGCGGCCAAAAUUGUCUAUGUUGCGGAUUCGUGUGGCCACGCCCUUAGCCAUGGGACCAAAUGUGGAAGUUACUCAGUUCCAUGA